GGGGGCUCCACCCCAGGCCUCUGGGGUCAUGACCCCAGCCAAAGGCAGAUUCUUAACUGACUGAGCUACCCAGGCGCCCCUAGGACAGAAUAUUUAAAUUCAAGACUUCCCUGACAAUCUGACUUAGUUAUGCCCACUUGCUAACUGAGCCCUGGGAUAAGAGAGGGCAGGAAUGCUAUGCUGCUCCCUGACCUCAGGACUUCAACCUCUGGGAAUUGGCUCCUCUAGCACUGUCCAGUAACAUGCAUUCACCCGGAUUCAGUAACUACGGAUUGAGCUCCCACUCAAUUCUAGGAUUUGAGGAAACUAGGAAAGAAGACAGAAACAGCCCCAGCCUUCCAGGAGCAUGUUAUCAAACGAAAGAUUCAGAGAAGUAAACUCACAGGAAAACAAAGCUGGGGCAUUGCAAAGGGUUUUAAGGAGAGCAUGAAAGCAGCUGGUGAGCCGGGAUGCAGAUGCAGCAUAAGAGAACGGAACAGAAAGGGUAGACAGAGUGCAGAUAAAACAUGACUCCCAGAGGGCCCUAGCCAGUUGCAUCCCAGGCAAUCAGGAGCCGGGGAUUGGAGACCCCACCCCUGCCGUGACAUCACAGGGAAGUGGGGUGGAGACGAACAAAAAGGGGGUCCCCCGCCCUGGCCUUGGACUCCUGACAGCCCAGAGUGCCAAGGAUAGAGAGAUCCUGGGCACUGAGCAAGGGUUGCCUGACUUAAAAGAACAGGCUCCCCAUUCCUCAAGCCUCCUCUAAGCUGUCCCCUCCAGGCUUUGAUCUCUGUUUCCCUGUUCUGAGGACCUCCCCCUCCUGAGGCCACCAUUGGGUCCCUUCUGAGUGACCCCUGAGUGCUCUCUCAGCAUGAACUGCGUGUCAGAUUUCUUCACCUACGAGACCACCAAGUCAGUGGUUGUGAAGAGCUGGACCAUUGGGGUCAUCAACCGGGCAGUCCAGCUUUUGAUCAUCUCCUACUUCGUGGGGUGGGUUUUCUUGCACGAGAAGGCUUACCAAGUGCGGGACACAGCCAUUGAGUCCUCUGUCGUCACCAAGGUGAAGGGCUUUGGACGCUAUGCCAACAGAGUCAUGGACGUGUCUGAUUAUGUGACCCCACCCCAGGGCACCUCUGUCUUUGUCAUCAUCACCAAGAUGAUAGUCACUGAAAACCAGAUGCAAGGAUUCUGCCCAGAGAGCGAGGAGAAGUACCACUGUGUAUCAGACAGCCAGUGUGGGCCUCAGCGGUUCCCGGGCGGGGGUAUCCUUACGGGCCGGUGUGUGAACUACAGCUCUGUGCUCCGGACCUGUGAGAUCCAGGGCUGGUGCCCCACCGAGGUGGACACAGUGGAAAUGCCUGUCAUGAUGGAAGCCGAGAACUUCACUAUUUUCAUCAAGAACAGCAUUCGAUUCCCCCUCUUCAACUUUGAGAAGGGAAACCUCCUUCCCAACCUGACAGCCAGCGACAUGAAGACAUGCCGCUUCCACCCUGACAAGGACCCCUUCUGCCCCAUCUUGCGGGUGGGGGAUGUGGUCAAGUUUGCAGGGCAGGAUUUUGCCAAACUGGCCAGCACGGGUGGAGUCCUUGGCAUUAAGAUCGGCUGGGUGUGCGACCUGGACAGGGCCUGGGACCAGUGCAUCCCCAAAUACUCCUUCACCCGGCUCGACAGCGUUUCCGAGAAGAACAGCGUCUCCCCAGGCUACAACUUCAGGUUUGCCAAGUACUACAAGAUGGAGAAUGGCAGUGAGUACCGCACACUCCUCAAGGCUUUCGGCAUCCGCUUUGACGUGCUGGUGUAUGGGAAUGCUGGCAAGUUUAACAUCAUCCCCACCAUCAUCAGCUCUGUGGCCGCCUUCACCUCCGUGGGAGUGGGGACUGUGCUCUGUGACAUCAUCCUGCUCAACUUCCUCAAGGGGGCUGACCAGUACAAAGCCAAGAAGUUUGAGGAGGUGGACGAGACGACGCUGAAGGUCACUGCCUCGGCCAACCCAGAGUGCUCCAGCGACCAGACCACUGAGGAGAAGCAGUCCACAGAUUCGGGGGCCUACUCCAUUGGCCACUAAGGCCUCUGCCAGGGCCCCAAGCUCAUCCAUGGGCUCCAGGCCUCCCGAUAGGGCACCCCACCUGGGCAAGGAGGGAUGGAAAGGGGAGGGGCUUUCAUUUCUGCUGCUCACCCCAGGAAGCCAUGCUGGACCCAGGGGUCUGGGCCUCCCAGUGUUCUGGCAGAGAGGUAGUACCCCCUGCUAAGACCUCCAUCUCCCUUCACCCCUUGCCUUGCCCCCGUCUGCCUCCCAGGACCCCCAGGGCAGCAGCCCCUGAGUUGUCCCCCUUCUGAAGAGUAGAGAGCAUAAUAGUAAUAGCAAGUGGCCACAAGGCAUUGCCAAAUGCCGGGCAGCGUCACACACAUUAUCUCAUUUAACCCUUAGAGUCAUCCUAUGAGGUAGUUAUUAGUUUCCCUGUUUUGAAGGUACACUGAGGCCCCGAGAGACUGAGUCAUUUGCCCAAGUCCACACAGCCAAGAAGCAAGAGGACUGGGAUUUGAACCCAGAUCGAACUCCAUCACCCACACCCCACAAGAGAAGGGUGAACUCCCGGGGGUGGCCACCCCUGCUGCUUCAGCCUCCCCCAUGGUGACCAGGAUUAGGUUUCGCUUAAUGAAGAGUGAGCCCCAUGCUUUCAGCAGGAACUCAGGCCCUGGUAUAGGGAAGACCAGUUAGACAGGGAUGCGGGUGGACCUGACUUGGGUGGAUCCCCAGUUCAGAAGGAAACAGGAGGCAUGACUUAGCUCUGUACCCAGCCAUGGGUCUCUCUCUGGGACCCCCACAUAAUCCCACACAUCGGGACACCCCCCCCCAGCAGUGGAAUUAGGGCCCCCACAAGGUGGGGCAUGAUUCCCCUGACCCAGGCCCUUGUCUCAGCAGGCUGUGCUCCUUUAUGACGCUGGUGAACAGGCUCCAGGGAGGCCCAAGGCCCUGGGAACAGUGGCCAGCCAGGCUGCCCCCCCACAGGGUCCUAAUGGGUGGUCAGCCUUCAAAGGCUAGAACCUCUCUUGUCCCUCUCCCCUAUUUACAGAUGAGCAGACUGAGGCCAGAGAGGGGAAAUGACUUGGGUCACACAGUUAGUGGCCAAAUGAGAACCCAGGUGUCUUGGCAAGAAUAAGGGGCCAGAGAGGCCACUGGGGGAUCCUCUAGUCCACUCACACCUCUGUCAGCCUGGCGCCCCCUCCCCUUGCUGGGCUCUCCCCCUGUGAGAGGCAGAGCUCAGGAGCAGACCCAGGUCUUCGGAAGCCUGAAGCAUAUACAGUUUGGGGCAUCAUCUCAAAAUAAUACAAAAUUAGGUAUUAGAAGGGGCUCAUGCAUGAGGGCGGCCCUGAGGGAUGAGUUUCAUUAGCCCACAGUCCAUCACCUCUGGAAAAGUUGGAGUGCAGGCAUGACCAUGUGGCCGGUGCUGCAAGGACGUGCCAGGAGGUGGAGGGCUGCUCCCUCUGCUGAAGGUGCAGGGAGAUGGCAGGAAGGGGCAGGGGCAGCUUUGGGAGUCAUUUGGAAGGGACUACUUUGGGAGCAGUGGGCACUUGCAAAGGCCUGACCCCAGUGAUUCCCCCCUCCGGGGAAGAAGGGGUCAGAUUCCAUCACGAGAGGCCCGUCACCCCUUCCCCGCUCGGCCUUCGCCCCCACCGCAUCCUCAGCCUGGUAGGAUCGCUCUUCCCCGGGGUAGCCUCGAGCAUCAGGCAAUGUCCAGAGAUCUGACCAGCAGAGACGUCAGUGGAGGCCUCGUGCUGCACCCGCGAGACCCACAGGCAUCCCAGCAGGAGUCGCAGGCAUGUUCCCUGCAGAGGAGACCGAGGCAACCGUGUCCUCUUCCUCUGGACGGGUGUGGUCCUCCCGCGCGUGGGGCAGCCACUUCCCCUGGCCCGCCAGCAAGUGUGUGAACUCCGGACAGCGAGCCUGCCGUGUGAGCCACAGGAACCUGAGCCAGAUUGGCUGGGCCCUGCUGCAUCGUGGCGGACUUGGCACGGUCCCCAACCUGACCACACGCCAACCCUGCUGGGGUUGCUGGGGCUUGUCACUAAUCCUGCUGGAUAGAAAAAGAAAUCUGGAAUCCAUGGAAGUUUGAACCGGAGCACAUACUCACUCCUAGCAGUCAUUGUGUCUGUAAUUACUCAGCAUAAAAGCUAACAUUUAGAGAUAACUCACCACGGCUGAGCAUUGGGCUGGGUGCAC